GCUCGUAAAUCUCUCUCUCUCUCGCUCUCUCUGGAAUUCGAAGAAAUUCAAACUCUCUGAAACCGAUUGCCUCAAUUUACAGAUCACCUAGGGUUUCAACCAAAUAGUCACAGCACAAUUUGGCCUCUCAAAGGACCUGUUCAAAUCUCUGAAACAAGCAAAUGAAGUUGAAGAUCAACAAAGCUUGCGAUCUAAGCUCCAUCUCCGUCUUUCCUCCUCACGCCAGGAGAUCAAGUGCGGUACCAACUGGACCUAAUGCUCAAGCAUCACAACUCCAAUCGCAACAGUCGCAGCAAUCAUUUUCGCAGGGAUUUUCAUCUCAGCAUGGCAUGUUUUCUCAGCUCUCUCAGAACUCUCUCAAUGAGGCUCUGACUAAUGAUCAGAGAUUUGGUUCUCAAGAACGAGAAAACUCUGUUAAGAAGAUUUCUUGCUUGCCUCCACCUAGUUGUUCACGAGAAGAGAGUCAAAUGCAAAUCUCAAGAUCUUCAGCCAAUCUAAUGCGGAAAUGGAAUUCUGCUUCUGUUACAGAUCAUAGAUGUCAGAUUAGUGAAGAACUUGAACAUCGAAUUGGAUUGAUGGAAACUUCAUUAAGCAGGUUUGGAAUGAUCCUGGAUUCUGUUCAGAGCGAUGUCAUGCAAGUAAACAAAGGAACAAAAGAAGUUUCACUGGAGAUGGACAGCACACGGCAGAAACUGAUUGUUCAAGAUAACAUUCUGCAGUCAAUGAACAGGGGACAAGAAGAUUUGAAAGCUAGCAUUGCUGGGGGAUUCAAGUUGAUAUCUGAUCAGCAUAGCAAAGAUAUAUAUCAAGACAAGUUACAGGAGACUUUUAAGGUGGUCUCAGCCUUACCACAGCAGGUGGAAGCAUCUAUAUUGAGAUUACAAGAUAAGCUCGGCAACACCCUCUCCAAAGAAGUGCAAGCAAUGGCUUGCAGCCUGAAGACUCCUAACCAAAAAUAUAUAGCACCCUCUAUCCUCCUCCCAGAGGGUACUGACCAACGUGCUACUUCGCAGAGAUAUGAAAAGCCUCCUAGGGAUUUGGCAGUGUCUCCAAAGGCCUAUAAGAAAACAACUAUCGUUCCGAAGGUAGAAACAGGAGGCUGGAAAUCAGUAAAAGUGGAUAAGGCAAUUUCCACUAAUAGGGCAUCCAACAAGGUGCAGAAACAAAACAGAGUUUCCCCCCUAGGACAGGAAAAGAUUUGUAGAGUUAUCAUUGAAUCAGAUGAGGAGAUUGAUAGAGAUUUUUCCUGCUUGCUUGAAGAGGAAACAGGCAUGGGAAAAUUUUUUAAUAAGGAGGUAAAGGAAGAGACUGAUCGGAUUCUGAGGAAAGCAAGGAGGCGAAAGAGAAAAUGCUGUAAUCCAAUAAUUAUUAAUUGAAGGUGCAAGAUACAUUUGAUGAAAUGAAAAAUGAUGUUUUGAGAAAUUAUAUCUCAAAGCACCCCAGUGCACCGGGGUGCCCCCCACACUGCCAUACUACAAAUCCAAUUACUUAGGUACAUUUUUUAACACACCAAUGUGUAAUCUUGGAAUUUUUUUUCUUCCUUUCUGGGCCGCUUGAUCAUUUUCUAUCAAUAAACUGACUUCUAAGUGAAGAUUUCUA